UGAUGAUGCGACCUUAUUUCAUUGUCUUUGACUUUUUUUUUUUUUUUUCAGCAUCUGUAACGGUGACAAGCCCCGGGGGACUUACGUAGGCAGGGCUAUCCCCCUCCCUCCUUCCCCUCUGAUAUGAUCUCAACUGCAGAUGCCACAAUGCCUACCUCAUCUGCAGUCCAGCGAGGCUUGGUCUUGAUGCGUCAACCCCCCCCCCCUCUUCCCCCUCAUUUUCAGCCAUUCUCCUCCUCUGGCCUCUCUCCCUCUCCCUCUCGUUGGUGCUUCGCUCCCAACGCCGAGGGUCGUGUCGUCAUGACUGAUCCUGGCCGAUGGAGUUCUCCGGGGCGAUCACCAGGAUUGUUUGGUUCGGACUUUGAUCUACCAUUCUCCUCUCCUCAGGAACACCCAUGGCCUGGAGGGAGUACUUGUGGUUCGACAAAUGAGAGCCUGAAUUCCCGGUAAUCGGCGUAUCGGCACGCUCUGCUCCACCGUUCCGUUCCCACCGGCCUUUCAUCUUCCUUAGUCAUGUCAGUCAUGCCCACUUCGGGACCCACUGUGUCGGCGUGUACCGGCCGUACCUAUCUAGUAGUUUACUAGCAAGGUACUCUCC